AUGGUUAGACAAUUAUUUCAGACAGGUUACAUACUCAAGGAGAUAAAUGCUACAAAUAUUUCUUUGAUUCCAAAAACCAAAAACAAGCAGUUUCCUUAUGAUCUUAGACCAAUUGCUCUUUGCAAUACUUCUUAUAAGAUCAUUUCAAAUAUUCUUUCUUCAAGAAUGAAAAAAGUGAUGAAUAAAAUUAUUUCACCAUUACAAGCUGCUUAUGUCCCAGGUAGACAAAUAUCAGACAAUAUUCAGUUGGCACGGGAAAUCAUUCAUGCCAUGAAGAAAAAAAGUGAAGAAAAAAAUUAUCUAGCUCUCAAACUAGUUAUGUCAAAAGCUUUUGAUAGGCUUGAAUGGUCUUUUUUAAGGGAUGUUAUGCUACAGAUGGGCUUCUGUGAAGAAUGGUGCAAUUUAAUUAUGCAGUGUCUCAGUACUACAAAGAUCUCAAUUCUACUCAAUGGUGCUCCUUGCAAUACUUAUUAUCCUUCAAGAGGAAUUGGACACGGUGAUCCUCUAUCACCCUAUCUCUUUAUCAUUGUUAUGGAAGCUUUCUCUAGAAAGCUGUAUACAGCUGAACAGAAUCAUCAAAUUGAGGGGAUAAAAAUAGCUCCAAAUGCUCCUCCUAUCUCCCAUUUAUUCUUUGCAGAUGAUUGUCUGUUGUUUGCUAAUGCUGACUUAUUGAAUGUCAAUAAUCUUCUUCAAAUAAUAGAAGAUUUUGGAGCUGCUUCAGGGCAAAUGGUUAACUUCAGUAAAUCCAUUGUCCAUUUUAGCAUCAAUGUACCACAAAGAUUCUGUAGAAUACUGUCAAGAAGGCUCAAGGUUCCAAGCAUGAACCCAAAUGAGAAAUAUUUGGGCAUUCCUCUCUUAAUUGGUAAAAAUAAGAAGCAAUGUUUUGAGCACCUUCAAGACAAGGUCAAAAACAAAUUAUCCAUUUGGGGAAGCAGCACUUUAUCUCAAUGUGGAAAGUCUCAACAAAUAAGAACAGUCACUAAUACAAUUCCUGCCUAUACAAUGAGUUGUCUGCAGAUUCCUAUGGAGAUCAUUAACAACAUCAAUGUUAUGCAAAGGGAUUUCUGGCAUAAGGAUAUUGGUGGUCAAGGUUUUAGAUACUUGAAGAUUUUGAAUCAAGCUUUUCUUGUAAGGGCAGCAUGGAGAAUAUGCACAAACUAUGAUGCACAAUGGGUUCAAUGUAUGUCUGCAAAAUACUUUCCUGGUACAAGCUUGUUACAUGCUAACAAGAAAACUGAUUGCUCUUGGGAUUGGAAGGGUAUGGACAGUCCACCAACACCAAGACAAGAUAUUACAGACAGUGAAGAUUAUAUUUGGGUAGAGGACUUAUUUCUGCCAAAUAGAAGACAGUGGAAUGAGGACUUAAUUUAUCAUCUGUUUCAGCCUGACACUGCUGCUUUUAUUCUGCAAAUGAGAGUUCCCAUUGCUUCCACCGAUAAACUUAUCUCGAAGAUGACUAAAAAUGGCAGCUUUACUCUUAAAUCUGCUUAUAAAAAGCUUUUUGAAAACAGUUUGGGAAAUGUGCAAGUCUCAAAUUUCAUUCAAAACACAAAUCUCAGUUGGAAGGAUGAGCACAUAAUGCAUGUUUUGUUUAGUUGUUCUUUCUCCAGAGCAGUAUGGAUGAUGGUUCCAGGUGGCAGUGGAUUUAUUGCUGCAGCAACGAAUAAUGGGUUUGAGACAAUGUUUGAAAACUGGUAUAAUCAAAGUUUGCUACAGAAUGCUCAAAGUGAUUGGCUGAAUUUGGCCAUGGUGAUUACUUGGAGUAACUGGAGGGGAAGCCUUGCUAAAUGCUAUGCAGGAGUAGCUAACUCAGAGAAAGAAGAAUGUCUUGCUCUCUUGGAUGCAACUAUAUGGAGUAAAGAGUUGCAAAUAUCUCACAUUGUGAUACAGACGGAUCUGAAGAACAUUGAGGGUUAUAUCAGCAACAACUCUCCUGUCAUUGCCUGGGAUAAUGAAACACUUUUGCUUGAUGCCAUAGUUAUUUUAAAUACCAACUUGUUCAGUUGGAAAUGUCACUUCAUUCCUAGAGUUUGUAAUAAACCUGCUGAUGAAUUAGCAAAAUUCAGCAGGAAGUUUAGGGUAGAAAGAGUAUGGUCUGACAUUCCACCUACUGUCAUUGAAACUCAAUUGUCUUAUGAUUCUACAAACCUCAGUACUUAA